AUGACUUCUUCCCAGAACAAUCCGCCUUUGUUUGAAACAGUUGCAGCCUCAUGUGCUAUAUGUCAUGUCAAUCUACUGGCAAUUGAGCUCGUGGAGCAGGGCUGUUGGCUUUUCAACUCGGGACAGUCGAAGACCUCGACCCAGAGUUCUGCAACCAUCACCGACAGAGCUGCUGCUGAUCGGGCAGCAAUGGAAUAUAUGAGACUUACAAGGCAAUGGGAAACUGUGGUAGCUGAGAUACGCGAUCUUCCGGCGUUCUCAUGGUUGCUGCUCCCACCUUCAUAUGAAGACUUCCAACUCGCAGUGCGCCAAGGCCAGGUCAUCAUCCUCAUUGCGAGUGAAUAG